AUGGUGACUUCGACUCGCCGUGGUCCCGUAGACCAGACACCGCAGGCAACGCCGCGGAGCUCGACGCGGAAGUCGAAACGACCUUUGGAGGCGGAGGAUACGCCUUUAGUUCCUAAGAAGAGGAGAGGGAGCGAGAAGACGGCUUUGAAUGAAGAUACAUCGCAGGAGACGGCAUCCGGAAAUCCAGAGGGAGAGGCCACAGACCGCAUCUCAAGCGAACAAUCGGAGAUAAAAGACGAAACAAUGUCCACACCUGCACGACCACCGAGCCCAAAAGUCAUCAUCCAGAAACCUCACUCCCCAGCACCGGCAGAAACGGAAGCUUCCCAAGCUGCAGCGAACGAGAGGGAACCAGUCAUGGAGGAGUCCGACAUCCAGAAUGCCCUAGCAGAGCAGUUCGUCCCAACCCCUGGACCUCACCGUUCCCUGCAGAAUUCAUCCCCGCAAUCUGGAAAGCAGAGGCAAGAGCGGAAUAGCCAAGAAUUCGAACCGAAAGAAAAUGAGGAGCAAACUGAGGAGCCUGCACGUAAACCCAACACCGCCACCGAAGUACGCGACUCCGAAGACGACUCCGAAGACGACUCCGAAGACGACUCCGAAGACGACUCCGAAGACGACUCCCAAGUCGAGGACGAAGACGUACAACCCACUAAACCCCUCGAGAAACCUCUCCCUUCGCGCCCCAAAAACACCCGCAUACGCUUCGGCAGCGAAGACCCCGCAACAUCUCCUCCUCGCACCCAAACCGAACCUCCAUCUGCCCAGCCCGUCGCCGCCACCGCCACGGCCACCACCACUGUCACUGCCGACGACGACUCACCCAACGACUCGGACGACGAAGCGCCCGAAGAAAUCACCGCCAGCACCGCCCUCAGCGCCGCCCGCGCCGCCGAAUCCGCCGCGCGCGAAGCCAGCAAAGCCCAGCAAGAAGCGCUCGAAGCCAAGCGCAAAGCCCGCGCCGACCGCAUCGCGCUCGAGCAGCGGCAGAAGCGCGAGAGACUCGAGGAAGAAGCGCGCCAGAAGGAGCGGCAGGAAGCGCGGCGGGCGAAGAAGCUAGCCAAGCGGGCGAGGGCCGAAGGCGAAAAGGAGGGAGAGCAGCAUCAGCAGGGCAGCAGCAGCAAUAAUGGUCUGGGGAUGGGGAUCGAUCUGUCUAACCUUCCCACUCUCCUUCCUACCUCCCUUCUCGAGGCGGCGGGUGAUACACGCCCACCGACACCCCCUCGUCUCUCCCCCGGCGCGGAUCCUGUACAGCAGCGUCGCGAGAAACUAGCACGGCACAUCCGGUUUCUGGAGCGCGGGGAGAAGCGCGCCAAGGAUGUGAAGAGGGGCGGGGUCAAUGUGCGCGUGUUGGAAGAGCAGAAUGCGUUGUUGGCUUCAAAGGUCAAUCGGGAUACGAAGAGUGUGCGGGAGAGCUGGUUGAAGGGGAGGAGGGAGGACAAGGGGAAGGGGAAGAGCGGGCAAGGUGGGAAGGGGAGGAUGCAGUUUCAGAAGAUGGAGAGGAGGCCGGUUGGGGGUGGGUUCUUGAGAGGUAGUGAUAGAUGA